AUGGGAAUCAGAUUCAUUUUAAUGGUGAACAAGCAAGGGCAGACCCGUUUGGCCCAAUAUUAUGAAUAUCUAACCCUAGAAGAACGCCGAGCACUUGAAGGUGAAAUCGUCCGCAAAUGCCUUGCCCGCACUGAGCAACAGUGUUCGUUUGUCGAGCAUCGGAACUACAAAAUUGUGUAUAGGCGUUAUGCAUCGUUAUUUUUCUUGGUUGGAGUAGACAAUGAAGAAAACGAGCUUGCAAUUUUGGAGUUUAUCCACCUACUAGUGGAAACUAUGGAUCGCCAUUUUGGCAAUGUGUGUGAGCUGGACAUAAUGUUUCAUUUGGAAAAAGCACAUUUCAUGCUGGAGGAAAUGGUGAUGAAUGGUUGUAUUGUUGAAACCAGCAAGGCUAAUAUUCUGAGUCCAAUACAGCUGAUGGACAAAGCAUCAUAA